AUGCAAAUUCUUCUUGAGAGUCAUGGCAUUUUGGGGUUUAUUGAUGGAUCACGGAAGUGUCCUACUCAAUUUGAUGAGGACUCUGAUGUUGCAAGUGUUGAAACUGAUUCUCAUCAAAUUUGGAAAAUGCAUGAUCGUGCAUUGAUGCAGUUGCUUAUUGAAACUCUUUCUUCUACUGCGAUUUCUUAUGUCAUUGGAUACUAUCGAGAAGGGUUCAUAACCUGUCUCCCAAUAUUUGCAAAGGAUAAAAGAUGCUCGAGAUCAUCUUCUACAGCAAGCGUUUCUUUUGAGGAUGAUAAUAUUGUGAUCUUGGCUCUCAAUGGUCUUCCUUCUGACUAUAAUACAUUUCGGUGCAUGGUUCGAGGCAGAGAAAAUGUGCUAUCUCUUAAAGAUUUUCGAUCUCAAUUGAUUGCUGAAGAAGCCACUCUUGAACAAACUAACUCUGCAUCUCCUUUUGUCUCUACAAUGAUGGCUCAAAAUCAGACAUUUCAAGGCAAGGCUCUUGUUCUUGAUGAAGUGGUAACCAUGCUGGUUUCAAUGGUUCCAAUAGUGGUUUCAAAGGUCACAACACUGGUGGUUACUCUAUCAAUCGUGGGUCUCAUUUUAAGGGUCGAGGCAGAGGUCGCAGUCAUUAUCAAUCUGGACCACGCCCUUAACAAGUUCAGCCUACUUCUAGCCCUGGCACAAUCAACUCUCUACUCCUACCUCCUCAGUCCAAUAGGCAACUUUUCUUAUCAAAGCAAACCUCCUUCCACCAAUCUUAGUGCCAUGCAUGCCAACUUCUCAUCUUCUUCACCUCAUGAGCAAUUUUGGGUAGUUGAUACUGGAGCAACAACUCAUAUGACUUCUGACUUGUCUCAACUUAGUUUGGCUACUCCUUUCUCAGGGUCUGAUACUAUCACUACUGCAGGGGGUUCAAGUUUGAGCAUUUCUAAUAUUGGUUCUUCCAUUUUGGAUGUUCCACAUUGUUCGUUACAAUUAAAGCAGGACAAGAUCACGACGAGUGUUCUUCUCAAGGGAUUGUGUAGAGCUGGCUUGUAUCCUAUUCCUUUCUCCCUUCUGCAAUCCAAUCUUCAACAAGCAUCCUCUUUUCACAAGAAUCAUUUUUGUUAUCUUGGCCAACAAGUCAAUACAAGUCUGUGGCACAAACGUUUAGGUCAUCCCUCCAACACAAUCACUUCAGCUCUUUUACGUCAGUCACAUAUUUCUUUUUCUUUAGACAACUCAAAAUUAGUCUGUACUACUUGUUUAGAAGGCAAACUAGCUAAGCUUCCUUUUCCUUAUCCAGUAGUUAAAUCUAUCAAACCUUUAGAAGUAAUUCAUAGUAAUGUCUGGGGUCCUUCUCCCACAUUAUCUGUUGAGGGUUUCAGAUAUUAUGUUAGUUUCAUAGAUGAGUGUACUCGAUUUACUUGGAUUUUUCCAAUGAUCAAUAAAGUAGAGAGUGAUGGGGGUGGUGAGUACCUUAGUAAUAAAUUCAAACCUUAUUCUCAUCCACAACAAUACAGGAUAAUUGUUAGAGCUCUGCAAUACCUCACAUUCACAAGGCCUGACAUUGCAUUCUCAGUCAAUCAAGCUUGUCAAUUCAUGCAUAAUCCCAUGGAAUCUCAUGUUGUGGCGGUUAAGAGAAUCUUGAAGUAUUUGAAAGGUACUCUUGAUUUUGGAAUUCAUUUUCAGCCUGGUAUUCUUAAUCUGCAUGCUUACAGUAAUGCUGACUGGGCUGGUGAUCCUAAUGAUCGACAUUCUGUCUCAGGAUUUAUUGUUUACUUGGGGUCUAGUCCUAUUUCUUGGGCUUUUAAGAAACAACAUACUGUAUCUCGUUCAUCCACUGAGGCAGAAUAUAGGGCCCUUGCUAUUGCUGCUGCUGAGCUUGCCUGGAUUCGACAAUUAUUUUGUGAUCUUCAUCACCAGUGUUCCAAUCUUAUGCUUGGCUCCUCCAAGCCUAUGAUUGAGGGGGAAUGUAAAGAUAUCAAUGGUCCUAGUCUUGCCACAUGUCAUAAGAUUAAAGAGUCAAGUGGUUAA